AUGGCCAGCUACGCUUCGUUGCUCUUGGCCUGCUGCCUGGGCAUGGCCUCCAUGCACCUGGUCUUCGUGGCUCAGGGCUCUCCUGGAUCAUCUGCACCACAGACACCCAGCCAGGUGUCAAGUGCUCAGCUGCCAGGAGCACCCGACAUGGAGGACAACGGCAUGGCCCAGGCUGCUUUGCGCUUCGGAAGCGGCCUGAUGCUUGGCCUUGUGCUGUUGGCCUUUGGACAGCCCACCUUUGCUGAUGUGGAAGAUGUGGUGAUCCCUGUGGAUGACAAGGGCAAGACCACCACCUUGACCAAGGAGCAGGUGGUUCGUGGCAAGCGUUUGUUUAUCGCGGCCUGCGCCUCUUGCCAUGUCGGCGGUGGCACCCGCACCAACCAGAACGUGGGCCUGGCCAUUGAGGAGUUGAGCGGUGCCCAGCCAAACCGAGCCACUGUCGAGGGAUUGGUGGACUACCUGAACAACCCCACCACCUACGAUGGACUUAAGGACAUCUCUGAGGUCCACCCAUCCAUCAAAGGUGGCGACAUCUGGCCAAAGAUGAUCUCAAUGAAGCAGCAGGAUUUGUACGACAUGUCUGCCUACAUCCUCUACCAGAACCAGACCAUCCCAGAGAAGUGGGGUGGCGGAAAGGUCUACUACUGUUCGCCGCGCAUUUUUGAAAGAAUGGCCAGCUACGCUUCGUUGCUCUUGGCCUGCUGCCUGGGCAUGGCCUCCAUGCACCUGGUCUUCGUGGCUCAGGGCUCUCCUGGAUCAUCUGCACCACAGACACCCAGCCAGGUGUCAAGUGCUCAGCUGCCAGGAGCACCCGACAUGGAGGACAACGGCAUGGCCCAGGCUGCUUUGCGCUUCGGAAGCGGCCUGAUGCUUGGCCUUGUGCUGUUGGCCUUUGGACAGCCCACCUUUGCUGAUGUGGAAGAUGUGGUGAUCCCUGUGGAUGACAAGGGCAAGACCACCACCUUGACCAAGGAGCAGGUGGUUCGUGGCAAGCGUUUGUUUAUCGCGGCCUGCGCCUCUUGCCAUGUCGGCGGUGGCACCCGCACCAACCAGAACGUGGGCCUGGCCAUUGAGGAGUUGAGCGGUGCCCAGCCAAACCGAGCCACUGUCGAGGGAUUGGUGGACUACCUGAACAACCCCACCACCUACGAUGGACUUAAGGAUUUGUACGACAUGUCUGCCUACAUCCUCUACCAGAACCAGACCAUCCAAGAGAAGUGGGGUGGCGGAAAGGUCUACUACUGA